CUGUGUGUGUGUGUGUGUGUGUAGGGGGGGGAGGCUGUGCACUGAAUGAAGGUAGCCAGGUCUGGGCUCUGAGGCUCCGAGUUCUGAGGUCUGAGGUUGUCUGGACGGUGAUGAGAGAAAGAGGGUGGUGAUGCUGCUAGGCUAGUUGGUAUGGGCAAUUAGGGAGACGCGGGACAACAAUGAGGAUGACCAACAAGUCGAAACCUUGAUGAGAACGAUGAUGAUGACGAUGACGAUGUUGAUGUUGAUGAUGAUGAUGAUGAACAUGAUCAGGGUUUGAUCGUGGACGAACGAAGCAGCAGUUGUGAUGAUUGUUGAGGAGCGGUCGGACGAAGGGCACCCACCAUCCUCUAACUAUCCUCCUGGUGUUUGUACUUGGUGCGACAUUCCCCUGUCUUGAAUCUGAAAUCAAAAUUUUCACAGAGAAAUAUAGAAGAGACAGAGAGAGGGACGGACGGAGCCCAAGAUCUGGAGAGCGAGAGACGAGCAAGCUAGGGAGAGAGAGAGUUGAACAAAGAGGGCUCAAAAGAGGACUCCACAACACAAAGAUGGUUGGUGGGCUGGCCAGCCAGUAAGACCUGAGAGACCUGCUGCUGACUGGUGAGCCGGAUCACUAUCAUCAUCAUCAUUAUCAUCAUCAUCAUCAUCACCACCACCGUGGUCCUGGCAACACACUACUUGCACGCACUGCAUGCAGUGAGAGCGAACCCAGAGAACUCUUUACUCUUUCAUGCCCAUAGAUCGACCGAAGAGAGAGAGAGAGAGAGAGCAAGGCAGAGAAAUGAACAUGAAACAAAUUGGCGAAACCAGAGCAGGCAAGUGGUGGGAAAGCCAACCUGACCUAGGGACCGACUAGUGACCCACGUCUCCACCCAUGAGUGCCUUCAUGGAUCGCUACCAGGAGGAAAUCCGCCGGGUGGCGGCCAAGAGUGUGAAAGAUCUCAACUUGGAGAAUCUGGCCAAUAAUCAGGUCAACCACCAUGGUCAGUAUCGGGCAAUUCCCCGGCGGCUCUCCAAUGGCAGUGAUGCCUCCCACUCUUCCUCCUCCUCCUCCUCCCGAAGCGGGGGUGGCGGUGGGGGCACACUUACCACCCCGGCCAAUGCCAACCACGUGUCCCUCAAUAACCAAUCUGUGGUGACCACCUCCAUCAAUGUGGCGGCGGCGAAAAUGCAAUAUUUGCAGAAGAUCAAUCAGAUCAAUCUGUCCAACCAAUUGAAGUCGGCUCAGAAUGCCAAUGGAAUUCGUCGACAGAGUGCGGGCAACCAUCUCACCUCUGGUCAGGUAUUGAGACCCAGUGAAGUUGCCCUCAGCCAGGCAUCGAAUGCUUCGAAUAGUUCCAAUCACCGCCACGCCCCCAUAGUGGCGGGAUCCCAUUCAAUGCCCCACCCUGGAGGCCGGGUCUCGACCCAUAUGGUGCCCACGGCGCCAUGCCGAAAUGGAACCACCUCGCUCUCUUCUGAGAAUGUGUCACUUAAUCGUCAAGCCAUCAUUGCCGCCUCGCGGAAUGGGACGCCCACGGUGGUGUCGUCAUCCGUGCCUUGUUCCCAGAAUAUCGUGCUGUCCUCCAAAAAAGGCCUCAGCCCAGCCGAGCUCUUGGCUCAGCAUCAGCAAUCCGUGCCCUCGUUGAUAUUGAAACAGAGUGCGGUCACGGCUCAAACGCUUCGCAGCACGAAAGUGGAACCUCUGCUCCAACCCCAUAGGGUCUCGUCCGCCCUCCCGCUCAACGCUCAGACGCCUGUGUCCACCGUGACCAACGACGCAAUGGUCCAAUAUCAACCGGGCUCAUACCCGCAAUUGAAGCGGGCCAGCUUGACAAAUAUCCCCAUUUACGAGAAUAUUGAUGGGUAUCCGGUGAUACCUCAAAGAGGGCAACAAGUUACCCCACCGCCUCCACCACCUCCGUAUUCUGGACAUCACACGAUCGUGUCCUCGUCGCUCACGAAGACUGUUCCAAGAUCUCUGGAGGCUCGGAUGUUAACCAGAAGUCCAACUUAUUCGUUGUCCUCAACCAUGGGGAGCAAUAUCAAUGCGUUGCACCACCGUCUUUCUCCCAAUAAUGGACCAUCUAGAUCACAAAUGACGGGCAGUCCCCGGAUACGCACUGGACCUCCGGUGUACGAGAACGUGGAUGAUGUCCCACUGGCACUCUUAAAUGUGCCUCUAUUGAAUGGAUCUUCGAAUUAUGUGAAUUGGUCCGGUACUUUUCCAUCCUCGUCAACAUCGUCAUCAUCCGUCAGCAAUCUGAAUCAGGGAAUGACCAACACUAUCACGUCCUCGACCAAUCAUCAACUCUUGGCCCAAUUGGCCUCUGCUCAGCAACAGUAUCAACUACAGCAACAUCAGCAACAACAAGUGGAACAAAAUCAGUCUCAAAGGCAAUCCCCGAUCUCGAAUACCGUCGCAGCUGUCAUGUCCCAUCAUCUUUAUCGAGACUAUGUGAAUCUUCCCCCUCCACCGCCCUAUCCCGGGACCCAAGACGAUCAUGAACAGCAUUUGGCUCAAGUCUUGUCGUCUGCAGCUCGACCAGACAUUGUGAAACAAGUUCUAAAUGGAAGCCAAGGAGGUACCUACGGAACUCAUCAAAAUGGAGUCAGUCACUCCCACCAGAUCUCUGCCAUCCUAGCUAGGACCAAUUCGUAUGAUUCGAGUAAGUCCAGUGGUUCCAAUGGCACAUACUACGACACCCCUGAUAUGAGUCGGCUCAGCUUAAAUGACUCCAAGUCAAGUCCCCAGAAUGGCCAUGUCACACCCACAAAUGGUGCACUCAAACCUCCCCUUCUCCCAUACAACAUCACCCCUCCCAAACAAAACGGUCCGAGUGAAGCAGAACGAAAAAUGGAAGCGCUAACUCGCCAAAUUGAAGAGCAAAUGGAAAAGGAUGCGGAAUCAGAAUACUUUGGUGAGUGUGCUGCGUGUGGUGAGAAAGUUUCUGGUAGUGGACAAGCUUGUCAGGCCAUGAACUCUUUGUUUCAUUCCUCGUGUUUUGUGUGUUGCUCAUGUGGGAGAACUCUCAGAGGGAAGGCUUUUUACAAUGUGAACGGAAAAAUCUAUUGUGAAGAAGAUUACAUGUACUCCGGUUUCCAACAAACAUCAGAAAAAUGUGGAAUCUGCGGUCAUCUCAUCAUGGAAACGAUUUUACAAGCCAUGGGGAAGACGUACCAUCCGGGAUGCUUUCGAUGCUGUGUCUGCAACGAGUGUCUGGAUGGCGUACCAUUCACCGUCGAUUUUGAUAACAAAAUCUAUUGCGUGAACGACUUCCAUCGAAUAUUUGCUCCCAAAUGUGCUGCUUGUAACGAGGCCAUCACGCCUGUGGAAGGAACCGAGGAGACCGUCCGCGUGGUGGCCAUGGAAAAAGACUUUCAUGUGGAUUGCUACAUCUGUGAGGGUUGCGAGAUCCAACUGACGGACGAACCAGAUAAGCGUUGCUAUCCGCUUGAUGAUCACCUCUUUUGUAAAAGUUGCCAUAUCAAACAGUUGGGAGGAGUGAUGAUGUCCCCAGAUAUCGAGCGGAAUAAGUCUAUGUUUUCCUCGAGGCAAUCCGCAUUUAAGCCCAUCCAUCCUCAGCACAGGAAAUAUUGAUCAUGAACUCAAGACCAAACCGGUGUGUCUGCCGUCUACAAUAUAUUGAGCUGAAGUCCAGGUUGCUACUACAUCCAAUCAGGACGGUUCCUCCCUGGCAUGUUCAUUUUUUCAUCCCCGUUUAUUUCUUAUUUGUGUUCCUUUCCUAAUCUUAUUUUCCAGAAAAAAGACCAUCUUAAUCGCAGAAACUAGUGAAACUUGAAAUUUACUAUCCUAUUCUCCAGUUAUUAAACACAUAUCUGAUAA